AUGUCGCGACACCGUAUUAAGGAUGUCGACUACGACGACGACGAUUUUUAUGACGACGAGGAGGAACUCGCUGACCCCGAGGAACAGGAGUUCUUGCAACAGUGUACUACCGCUGUUUUGCAGCAGCUCGGUGCCGGGCAACCGUCAGUGACCGCCACGAAAGAAGAAGUCCAAGACGCAUUAUGGCACUACUACAAUGAUAUCGAGAAGUCGGUUAACUAUUUGAGAGUGCCAGCAUACCCUGCUCCUCUCUCUACCGCGCACUUCUCGGCUGCCGAUUUCUUUCGCGAUUGUCCCUGGCUCAGUGUUCCCUCUCAUCGGAAGACGGAUAUUCUGAUUGAACCUCUGUAUCCACGGUUGGGGCUCCUGGGCGGCGCACCGGAGAAUGGUGGAAAACUUUCGAAACUGGCCGCCCUAGCUGCAGCCCGGAAGAAGAAAGAGGGCGAAAAGGCACCAUCUUUGCCGGAGACUUCGACUCCAUCGACUACCAAACUCGAACAACCAAAGACGUCGCUCGAUCAUCCGGGUACGUCGCGCUCCCUUCGUGACAGACUUGCAGCUAGCGGGAGGUCCGCACCAAAAGCUUCAGAGGGUCCUGGGUCUCUCCGUCGUUUGGCAACGCCAAGCUCCUCUUCGCAUCCGAUGCCGAAACGGCCCGAAUCUGAAACCAAAAAGCCAUCGGUGUCUGAGGUUUCUGAAUCAAUGGAAAGGGUGGUGCUUGAAGCGAAAGAAGAACCAGAACCCCAGCUAACAGUGCCUACUAUUCGAGCCUCGCCCUCGACAUUUGCCAGCACUAUCGUCGGUGCAGCAACUGGCCCGACAGCAGCCGAGCCCAGCCACUUACACUCCACCAGCUCAGACCUGUUGAGGCUCUAUGGACAGGAUCAUGCUGAACCUUUUGACUUUGCAGCGCCCAGCCCCGACGAUGUCGUUCUCAAUGCACAGAGCACAGCGAAAGGUUUGGCGAUCCGCAGGAAGGUUUAG